AUGCGAUGGCAGCUGAUUUCUUUACUGGUUUGCCUAUAUGGUGUUGUAAAGGAAUUCCGCCCGGCUACCCCAUUUCUGACUCCGUACCUUGUUUCUGAGUACAAAAAUUUGAGCAUAGAGACGGUCUACAGUGAUAUAUACCCAUACUGGACGUACUCAUACUUGGUGUUUUUGGUUUGUCACAUUACUGGAUAUGUACUACGAUACAAACCUCUGAUAAUCGUUGAAGCUUUUGGAUUAUGCUUGACUUGGGCUAUACUGGUCUGGGGCCAGGGUGUCAAUUUGAUGCGCCUGAUGCAGGUGGUUUUUGGUCUGGCCUCUGCAGCAGAGAUCGCAUUUUUCUCAUACCUCUAUGCGGUAGUCGAUGUAAAGGAGUACCGUCGUGUAACCUCUUGGACUAAAAGUUCGGUCUUGCUCGGGAAGCUGUUUGCUUUUGCUCUUGCUCAAUUUUUGGUGUCGACCGAAACGGGAUCAUACUUGCUUUUGAACCAGAUCACGUUUGGGGCUGUUUCCUUAGCUGCGAUAAUUUCUCUUUUCCUACCAGCGGUUCCCAAAACGAGACCGGAUUUAGUGGAGCCGGCUACAGAUUGCGAGCUGGAACCGGUGAAUACUAUCAAAAUUGAUGCAGCGCCUGAACAAUCCUAUCUGAAUACGCUAAAAGGCACUUUUUCCAUCUAUCGGAGUAAUCCGUUGGUCUUGAAGUGGUCGCUGUGGUGGGCGCUGCUCAGUUGUGCACAGUAUCAGAUCUACAACUACAUCCAACCCCUAUGGAUGCAAAUUGACAGCGUCACGAAGGCGGAAAACGGGUUAAUAGAAUUUAUCAACACUUUUCUAGUUUUCGUUUAUCAUGCGAUGAGUCCAAUUACCAGUGCAACGAUCGCUAGCCAACUCGAGAAGCGUGCCUAUGGCUUUGUGUUCGGCGCGAAUAGCCUUUUUGCGCUGGUCUGCCAAUCUGCCUUAACGCACAGUUCAUGCUCUGGGCAGCCAUCUUUUUCGGAGUCGGCG